UACGCUUUUGCUGGAAUGAAGGACAAUCAAAUCACCACCUAUGAAUGGAAUGGCAAGACUCUCUACCACACUUUCAACACACUUAAAAACAAAAAUGCAAAUCUCAAGACACUUCUAUCCAUCGGAGGCUGGAACUUUGGAACUCAGAAAUUCACUGCUAUGGUGUCCUCAUCAGAAACUCGACAAAUUUUUAUGAAGUCUGUGAUUAACUUCCUGCGUGGUUAUGGGUUUGAUGGUUUGGAUAUCGACUAGGAAUAUCCUGGGUUAUAAGUCAAACAUCUCUUCAUUCUGUUGGCUCAGGAAAUGGUGGCAGCCUUCAAAGCUGAGGGAAAAAGUACUGGAAGACCAAGACUGUUGCUCUUUGCUGCAGUUCCUGCUGGGUUGGCUAUCAUUGAUUCUAGCUAUGAGGUUCCUGUGCUUGGAGAAACCCUUGACUUUUUCAAUGUGAUGACAUAUGAUUUUACUGGAUCUGGAAGCUCCAAGACUGGAGAAAAUAGCCCUCUUUAUCCUCUUCCAAAUUCUAAUUCUUACGCCAAUGUGCACUUUAAUGUGAACUAUGCAAUGAAAAUUUGGGUAGAUAAGGGCACCCCUGCAGAGAAACUGAAUGUUGAAUUUGCUACAUAUGGCCACACCUUCAUACUGAGCUCAUCCCAGACAGGGAUUGGAGCCCCAGCAGGAGGGCCUGCACCAGCUGAGAAGUACACCAAGCAAUCUGGAGUUUUGUCCUAUUAUGAGAUCUGCACAUUUUUGAAAGGCAGAACUACGAAAUGGGAUGCUCCACAGCUGGUUCCAUAUGGCUUUAAAGGAAAUAUAUGGGUUGGAUAUGACAAUGUACAAAGCUUUAAAGACAAGGUUGAAUGGCUGAAAAAGAACAACUAUGGAGAAGCUAUGGUGUGGACUUUUGGCAUGGAUGAUUUCUCUGGUUCUUUCUGUGACCAGUGGCCUUACCCUCUUAUUAAUGCACCGCACACUGGACUUGGAAUCUCUGCAAAUUGUGUUCCAUCUAAAACGACGCUGCGACCAGCUGUUCCUCCUACACAGGCUCCCAGCGGUGGUGGCAGCAAUGACAGUGGUGGCAGCAGUGGCAGUGGGUUCUGUGCUGGUAAAGCUAACGGUGUCUACACUGAUCCAAAAGCCAGGAGCAAGUUUUACCAGUGUGUGAAUGGAGUGACCUACCUGAAGAAUUGUGCUACUGGACUAGUCUUUGACCCUUCCUGUGACUGUUGCAACUGGGCAUAA